UAUAUUAAGUUUGUUUCAUUUCUAAAAGAGAUAAUGCCGAAGUAAAAUGGAAGUUUUAAGAAUUUGUGAAGACAAUUCAGUGCUGUCUAUCGAUGUAAAGAUUAAACGUCAGUUCAAAGAAACCCCGGCAGAUGUCCUUAGUUGUCUGCUGUGUCGGGCCCCAGUAGAAGGCAGUGGAGGAGAGAAUGUGUGUGACCAGUAUUUGGAUCAUCUGGCGCAGGCGCACAAUUGUCUGGCGGGAAAAGAUUUGUUGUUUAACCUAGCCUUCUUCCUUAAACACAAAACUCUUCCUGAUAAACAACUGCGUGAAUUGGUCCAAAAAAACACAUCAGAGCUUGAUCCAGAAAAUAAAGAUGAUGGUUCAUGCACAAUCGAAGUAACAGAGAAGACUAUGUCCAGUAAAGAUGCUUCUAAAGAACCUGUUUCCCCUCAAGAUGAUUCAAAUAAAGAAAAUGAGCUGAAGAAAAAUCUUGUCGGUAUGAAAAAGGUUGGGAAAGGGACGGACUCAAGUGAUCAACAACUUAAAUCUUUAAACUCUACAACCCCUCGUAGAUCAAGAAAUAGGCAUCUAUAUGAUCCAUCUAGUGACUCCUCAAGAAAAUCUUCAGAAGAGGAUGACCGUAAACUAAGAAGAGCUUGUGUAUUUGUAAAGAAACUGAAACCUUCCAAACAAAUCUUUUUGUCAACCAGCGAGUCAUCAUCAAGAAAAUCUUCGGUUGAUUUGGAAACUCUGAACAUUCCUAGUUCAGUCUUGGCUGGAGGAGACACCGAUUCCCCUAUGAGGACUAAGCUAAGGACCAGGAAGAGCAGUCAAAGGGCAAUAGUUGAUAGCUCAGAGUCAAGUGAACCCUCAAUCACAAACUCGGAAAAUGAAAAGGAAUCUGAAGACGGUCAAAUUGAGGUUGAGAAUAGUUUUCCCAAAACAAGAACUAAUGGAGGAAAGUUGAACCAAACGAGACCAAAGAACACUGAAAAAAUCAUUGUUACAAACAUAACUUCCAGUAACACCAACAAACAGAUAAAAAAUGGAGCCCUGAAAUAUAGUAAUGACUUCAAAAAUAUGUCAAGAACAGUGUGUCUGAUUUGUAAAUUAGAGCUUAAUCAUGAUAUUUUGGAGUUUCAUCUGAAAACCACCCAUAACACCAGUCUGAAAGUGUAUGAAAAAAAUUACGGAACUGUCAAUAUCACUAAGAAGAUCUACCAUCAAUGUUACAUCUGUCAGAAUGUUUUGGUGUUUACAAAGAUUUUUCUGAGAGAACAUUUAAAAUCUCACAACACAGAUAUCAGAACGUAUGAGGAGGAACUGCUUAAACGAUCUAAUGAUGAUAAAAAUGUUGAUCAUGAUGAACAUGAUAGAACCUUACCUGCUGAAUCCCCAUCAAUCAAUCAAAGCUUUUCAAGCAAUGUUGUAUCCUCGUCAGUUCGAAUACUGGCCAAGAGCCUUGCAUCCCAAAAAAACAAGUUGCUUGAGAGUCCUGGAAUAUCAAAGAAACGGAAGAUUGAUAAUGAAGAAGUUGAAAAUAAAAGAAGGAAAACUAUGGAUUAUAUGAAUUCAAAUGAAAUGAAAGAGAAGUGUAGAGUAAUGCGUUACUCUGAUGUAGUCAAUGAUUUCUCAACAUACCAAUGUCAAAUAUGUACAUUUUCUGGCCAAUACCGUCGUUUUCUCAAACAUAUUGCUAAUAAGCACAAGUUAUCUGUAUCAGAGUAUAGAAGAAAGUAUGGCGAACUCAUAUUUGAUGAGUUAGUAAAUCAUUCUUGCUUAGUGUGUCAUAAAAGCCUUGUUUACACCUGGGAUUCCGUUUUCACACAUCUUAAAUCUCAUAACAUGACUCUAUCGCAUUAUAAUAGCUCAUACUUAAAAAGAGCAGAUUCAGAGGGAACUAGAGCUAGUAACAAUGAUUCAUCUGGAAUGUCGAGCAAAGAUUCUAGAAAAUCUUUCUCUAGUGAGGAUUUGAUCAUUGAAAAUUCAAACCAGCAUGAUCAAUCUUGUGUAAGAUCUGAAUCUGAAGAGGAUUCAAAUGAUCUAAAAUGUGAUAAGUUUAAAUAUUCAGAUACUCUUGGUAACUAUUCAAUAUACAAGUGCCCAAUCUGUAAACUGUCCUUUGAAUAUAGGAAGUUCCUACAACAUUUGGUGAAGGACCAUGAAAUGAAAUUCUCUGUAUGCAAGAAAAAAUAUUCUGAUGAUAUGUUUGCUGACAAAGUGAUGCACAAAUGCAAAAUUUGUGGAAAGGACUUCGUUUUUGCAGAAGACUUACUUCUGUGUCAUUUAAGAAAACACGGACUUACAAUAAAACAAUAUUCUGACCAAUACCUGACAGAUGAACUAAAGGAAGUCCAAGAAGUUAAGGUUGACACAGAAAGUGAUGAAGCCAAAGAUGAAACCAUUCUUGGUAAUAAUUGUGAUAAUGGACUAACUGUUGAAAAUUAUCUUGAAAUAAACAAAGCCGCUGUUGAAUCGGAACCGACUAAAAUCAACCAACUUGAUAAUUCUUCUAGACCAGUAGGUAAAUCCAUAGUUCCUUAUACUGAACAGAAAAAGUGUUCCAAAAUAAGGUAUUCCGACAAACCUUACGACUACUGCACCUAUAAGUGUCCUUUUUGUGAAAUUUGUAAUCUAAAUAAAUCUUCUUUUUCUAGUCACCUGACAAGCAAGCAUAAAAAAAAAUAUUCACAAUUGAUGUUUGGAGAUUGUAUGUUUGAAUCAGUUCGACAUAUUUGCAAAGUAUGCAAGGAGGAUAUUUCUUACGAGUACAGGGAUUUGAGCCAACAUUUGCUUGACAGUCAUAAAAUGCAUAUUUUUAUUUAUUUAAAGACAUUUUUGACUAAAACAGAUGAUGAACAUGUGUCUACUGUUAUUCCUGAAAUACAUUUACAAAAUGCAGAGAAUCAACAUGAAACUACUGACAUAUCCAAGUUGAAAAAAACGGAAGAAGACAAUGAAUAUACUGACAACCCUAAGAAACGGUUGACAAAAACAGAAAAAGAAGGUGCAUCUACCGACGACCCCAAGAAGCACUUGACUAAAACUAAACAAGAACAUACACCUACUGUUGUCCCCAAGAAACUGUUCACAGAUGUUCCUCGUGACUACUCCACAUACAGGUGUAACAAGUGUAAGUUUGUUGGCAAACUCCAUCUCUUAGAAAAGCAUGUCAGGAAUAAGCAUCGCUUGUAUAUAUUUAGACAUAAAAAAAAAUAUGGCAAGCUCAUGUUCAAAACUAGGAAGUACCACGCUUGCAAAGUCUGCAAAGAAGUCUUCAUCUUUGAUUAUUCCAAAAUUGCUAAACAUUUGAAGAAGCAUGACCUGAAUAUACCUAACUAUAAUAAACGGUAUCUUUAUCCGCUUCAAUCUGAAAAUACUGAUACUAAUUCCACAAACACAAGCUCUGAAACAUACCGAAGAAGGCUUAAUUCAACAACUUCCAAUUCCUCGAAGAAGUCUGGCAAACACAGACAUAGUAAAGGGAAGGAUACUCUUGAUUGUGAAACACCUGAAGAUCUCCCCAAGAGAAAAAGACGAUCCCAAAGAUCUUCAAGUGAAGAUUCGAUUAACUCUUUGCUCGUUGAAGAGACGUCUGAUACACCUGAAGAUCUGCCCGAGAGAGAAAAACGAUCCCAAAGAUCUUCAAGUGGAGAUACGGAUAACACCUUGCUGGAUGACCAGACUACAGAAGUUGUAGAUGGUCCGAACUGGUAUGACGGAAACACCUACUCCUGCACCAAAUGUAGCUUUGAAAUCUUCAGUAAAGAGAUCAUCACAAAACAUAUUGAUGAGAAACAUCCUACAAAGUAUAAGACGGGAAAGGAGGCCUAUAAAGAAACCAUGAAUGAGUAUAACUGCAAGUUCUGCAGUAUGUCUGUUCUUCACGAGAAGACGGCUCUAGAGGAUCAUCUUGACGGCCAUUUUUUUAAUCUUGAGAGUUAUGCACGACUGUACGUGACUCCGUUAAGAUUAAAUGCGAGUUCAGAGGAGGAAAAUCUGUCCAGGACGGAUGAACAGUUCCAUGGGUUUGAUGACACGGAGCUGAGAUCAACCCGUCGGAUGAAUCGUAGUAAGUCGCAGGUUUUGCAGAAAACUGUACUCGGCUCCAACGAUCGUAGUAAAACGCCAAUUUUGCAGAAAUCUGUACUGGGCUCCAAUGAUCGCAGAAAGACCCAGGUUUGUCAAAGAUCUGUACUGGGCUCCAAUGAUCGUAGUAAAACACCAAUUUUGCAGAAAUCUGUACCGAGACGCUCCAUCACAUCUCAGGAAUCUUCAAAUAAAGAAAUGGAAGUUGAAAAUCCCAGUUCAAAGAAGAAUAGAAAAACUACAAAAAAUCAUGUCAAGCAAGCAAGAAGGACAAGAAGGAAAGAGGAUAUUAGUUACGAAACCAAUUCGGAAGAUUCAGAAUCGUCCGGAAAUGAAAGAUUAGAUAAAACCUCUCGUCCUAUUCGUCAAAUAUCUCAGAAAUCAUAUUUGGAAGAUAAUAUAAAAGAAGAAGAAGAUAAAGUUAAAGAAGUAAACGCGGAGAAGAAGAAAUAUAUUGAAGAGAAAGAAGAGAAGGAAGAAGGAUUAGAAAUUAAACCAUACGUCCAACCUAUUAAAACUGAAAUCAAGGUUGAGGAUAUAUCCUGUAUUGUAAAUCCUGUAAAAGAGAGUCGGGAUGAUUUUACCUACAUCUGUCCCAAGUGCCCUUUUCAAGUUCCCUUAAAGGGGUUGAGAGAUGGGACUGGUUCCAAUCAUAUGUGGGAGGCUCACAGUCUUAACUUCAUCAAGUUUAAAAAUCUAGGACUCAGAUGGAAAAGAGUGACAUUGGAGGCUGCUAUGCUAGAUCUACACAAUCCUAAUAAAUGAUUCAUUUUUUUCUAUUUUAUUAGUUUGUGCUUAAUUUUAUUGAAACAUUUUUAAAGUUU